AUGACACGUGGAAGAUAUCAAUAUCUUGCACCGCCUUCGAAAGCGGCUAAAGUAAAUCGUCUUCGCUUCUUUGGUCAUGGUUCGAGCUUGAAGAAGCCACCUGGCCGAAAACGGAAGUUCUGGACUGAGGUGGUAAAAGAGGACCUGAGGACACUCGGCGUGAAUAGGCAGUUCAGGCGAGACGUAAGAUUUCGCAGAACAUGGAAUAGCGACGAAUGGAUUGAUUCUGUGCAAGCUCUCGCAGAAGAUCGAGAAGGUUGGGCAGAGCUGUGUUCAAGGACGGCACACCUCGGCGAAAAUGCGGGUAAUCGCGUCAGACGAUGA